AUGGAUUGGAGUCCCAGCGGAAUAACCACCGCUCUUCUCUCGGGCAACUUAUUUGCUAUCUUCAUAACCUGCACCAUUGCCUUCUCCCUCCCUGUCCUACUGCAUAUCUUCCUCUAUCGAAGCUCCCCCGCAAAGGCCUCGAGGGAUUUUUUGCUCCUGGGCCCUAGUGGGUCUGGGAAAACAGCAUUAUGUUCACUCUUAGAACAACGGUCGAUCUCCCGUUCAUCCCAGAAACCCCCUCGAAGAACUCAUACAUCUCAAGUCUCCUCCUCCAUCACCAUAACCCUGCCGCCAGCCGUCCCCAUUGGCUCCAAUAAAUACCGCUCAGUCAAUGAUCCGACUCUUUUAGAAGCCACAAAGAAUCCAACUACCUACCGGUUACGAGAUACCCCAGGCCAUGGCAAGCUCCGCGCAUCCCAGGGCAUCGCCUCAUUGGUGUCUCUCUCAGAUCCUAAAAGGAAAGGCCCUGUCGGGAUCCGUGGGGUAAUAUUCAUGCUCGAUUCUGCUACCCUCUCACAGAGCGAUGAAGCGCUUCGGGAUGCGGGCACCUAUCUACACGACGUGCUCAUGACAUUGCAAAACCGAGUGUACAAGAACGGGGCGAGAAUAUCAUCGUCCUCUUCUACAAAGGUACCUAAAAUUCCCGUCCUGGUCGCUGCGAAUAAGCAAGAUCUAUUCACGGCCCUGCCGCCGGGCUCAGUCAAAGCGAAACUGGAGUCCGAGAUUGAGAAGGUUCGGGUCUCGAAUCGGAAAGGGUUGUUGGAUGUGAGCAUGAACUCCUUGUCUGCGGAAGAAGAGCCAGAUAUUCUGGGCGGGAAUGAGGAGGAAGGGCAGUUCACUUUUCAGAUGCUGGAUGAGCGGAUGGGAAUUAGAGUUGAUGUGAUUGGGGGUGCGGUGGUGGGUGAUGACGAGGAUCACGGGAGUGGGGUGCGCCGAUGGGAAGAGUGGAUUGGGAUGUGUUUAUGAUGGGCCUGUUAUGCAGAAAGGUACAGUGCACAUGAUAGAUUCAGUUUGCUUCUGCUUUUCAUCUGAUGUACCGUGUAGCGGUGAUUUUCUUUUUUCCCUCGCGGCUAAUAGGUUCAAUCAAGUUCAUUACGUAUGUGCGGCCAUCAGAGGGAAUGAGAGAAGGUGUGCUUGUGUAUGCCCUAGUGAAAUGUGAUCUGGGUAUAUGUCGCAGCCAGCAAAGGAAAUCGCUCUUCGACCUAACAGCAGAGUGAAGCGGCUCAGGAUAUACAUCGUCCAUCUCGGGGAACAGUGGAUACGCGAAGUCCUCAUUCUUUCCUUUCUAUCAUGCAACUGCUCAACUCAG